ACACGCGCUCCCUCCGCUCGCGCACGCCCCUCCCUCCCUCCCUCAUCACUCCAGUACCACCACAGUUCGACAAUCUUCCAGAGACGGCCACCAUCAUCCACCACCGGUACGACACCAUGUCCAUCUCGCUGCGCCUCGCGAUCCCCGCCGCGGCGCCCUGCCCCGUGCUGCCGCCGCGGACAGCCCGGCCCGCCGGGAAUGCGGCCUUCUCCCCCGCCGCGCUCAGGGGAUGCGCCGCUCUGCCGCUGAGGCCGCGGCCCCUGGGCGCGGUUCGGCCGUGCCGGAGCCGGGGGAGCGGCAUCGUGUGCAGCGCGUCGGCGUACCUCAGCCCGCCCACCACGCAGUGGGUCUCCGUCGCCGCCGCCGCAGUGCUAUUGCUUGCUAAAGGCACCGGCAUACACAAAUCUUUCCUCGUGCCAUUGUUUGUUCUACAAGCACCUACCGCCGUAAUCUCGUGGAUCAAGAGCGAAUAUGGGCUGUGGACUGCUUUUCUUGCGCUUGCGGUGCGUUUGUUCUUACCCUUUCCAGGUGAGCUAGAGCUUCCACUGUCAACAAUGCUGGCUGUCAGCGUUGCUCCUUACCAGGUGAUGAAUGUGAGGGGAACUCAAGGUGGCACGAUAGUGUCGUUGGUACUAGCCGCGUACCUCGCCUUUCAGCACUUCACCAGGACCGGAGGAAUAGGAAAAGCUUUCGAUCAGGGAUCGAUAGUUGCAACCAUGGCUAUCAUCUGUAUCGCAGUUAUCAAUGUGAUCCUGCUGUUCUGAGUUGCCAAGGGCUACUCCAGAGUGCAGAUAAAUAAAGAGAGACCUUGUAGUGCAUCAUCCUGUCAGACUUUGUAGCUUGUUUUAUCGUAAUAAGAAUGACCUGUGAAGUUGUGACAUGACUGAUAGUAUAUAUCUCCAUGUAUGGUGUGGUUUGCGCACUAGUUGUGUCUUUGUGUGAUAAAGUGUUAGUGUUCAGUUA